AUGCAACCAAAGGACAUCUCAGCAGAGACCAAAAGGCUAAAACCAGACCCGUCGGACGGGGGAGAAGCAAUCAACAGGGAACACCCAGACCAACGAGUGACCGUAGGAACGACCCUCCCUGCAAAAGCAAGAGAAGCACUGGUCCAAAUACUACAAAGGUACAAAUAUGUGUUUGCAUGGACCCCCGCGGACAUGGUAGGGGUCGAUCGAGGAAUUAUAGAACACAAGCUGAUGAUAAAACCAGAAACCAAGGAGAUGAAGCAAAAGAAGUGGGUCCAGGGAGGGGAUCGAAACAAGGCAAUCAACAUGGAAGUGGCAAAGCUAACCAACGCAGGAAUCCUCAGAGAAGCAAUUUUCCCCAUAUGGAUCGCUAACACGGUAAUGGUGAGAAAAAACGACGGUAGCUGGCACAUGUGCAUUGACUACUCCGACCUGAACAAAGCAUGUCCCAAAGACUGUUACCCGCUACCAGAAAUAGACCAAAAGGUAGAGUCUUUGUAG